CUUUGCUCGAUCUCCCACGGUACGUACUAGGCUCGCUUUGACGCGAAGGACUAGCAUCGAUCCCAUUCAGAGAGAGUACAAAUACUUCUUGUCACUUCAUGCUGCAGAAACUGAGGUAAGGUCCAGCUGUGGACCUUUUUUCACCAGUCUUCAAAUAUAUCUGUUCACGGUAUUGCCGGGGUUUUCUUUCAAGUUUUUGUUGAUAUAUUUUUUUGAAAUUAUUGGAGCAUCAUCAUUCCAAGAUUUCGCAAAAGUUAACUGAGAAGUAACAUAAGAGGUAUUAGUCGCUUAUUUUAUUUCUCCCCAGGGAAAAUGAGACAAGCGUAGCCUACGAUCAUACCCUUCCCUAGCCUGAUUCUCAGACGUCCGAGGUCGUUCUCGGCCCCUUCGCUCACCGAAGGGGCCGCGAACGACCUCGGACGUCUGAGAAUCAGGCUAACCUUCCCCAUGCGCGGAGCCCGUGACGUGACGCCGUUACUCAUUUCAGCCGCACAUCGCGAGAUUCUUAGCAAAUCAGAUCUAGCCUGGAUGAUUUCGCCUGCUUUUAUUUUCUUUUCGUUUGCUUGCAGGCUAAACAGAACUCUGACAGCUUACAGCUUUGUUUUUUCUCUUGAAAGCAUCUUCUUUGCACCGAUAGAUCAAGCCACAACACCACUCAUGCACGACGCAGACAACUCACAGCCGUUGCGCCAAAGAGUCACUUGGUUGAGAGUAAAAGUUAGUUCUAAAAAUAAAUAAAUACGGCGCUUUCUUAAAGCGGCUUUUUUCAAAAUGUUGUUCCAUCGCCGAGAAAUGACCUGAACUAUAGAGUGAAAACUUAAGAUUAAUCUGCCUACAACCGUUUAUCAUUCUUUUCUUUGUGAGAGAGCUCGCGAGUACGAACGAUCCUCUUUACAUUCACCGUCGCUCAAUUUCCUGUGGUGUUUAGCCUCGCUGAUUAUUAUUUUUAGCUCUAGUACGCUGAAGUAUCAAGACCUUCUACGGAGGUCAUUGUUUAACCGUAAGUUCUUACAGUAUUGAUGAGAUAGCAGGUGUACUAAGCUGCAACCUGACAUGAAAUCCUUUUUCCUGUCUAUAUGCAGCUAGUACUGACAUCUUCUGCCAGGUGUCACUUGACUCACCUCUCACUUCUCAGAGUCAAGAAAGACAAGAGCCUUUCGCCAUUAGCAGGUUAUUAAUUUCCACACAAUCAAGUUAAAAGGGGUCUUUUCCGUCUUUUCAGUCUCGUGUAAAAGUUUGUCCCUCCCUCUUUUUGUCACACUGUCGAACUUUGAGCAGUUGCCAAGGGAACGCGGCCAAUUAACACAUGCUGCUUCGCUCGCAUUGGCUGCAUAUAUUAUGCUUGGAGAGCGGAUUUGUUUGCAUGAUCCAAGGCAAAGAAGAUGUAAGCAAACGCGUGGAAACCUUUGUCCUGACAUGCUGUGUUUAUAAGUUUGGUCGACCGCAAUUUAAAAAGAAGAAUGGACGAGGAGAAGACAGCCGGAGAAUCGCCAGACGUCGGCGAUGAGGCCCUCGAAGCUGAUGAGGUUAAAAGUAGUGCUAAUGUUGACAAUACGAUUGUUCCAAUAUCCCAUGACCCUACUACGAAAGACCAUACGCAUUUGACAGAGAAUAGAGACGGUGUAGAUUGCGUUGAAGAAAACAACAACGAUUCAGACGGCCAAGAUGGCAGAAAUGGAGGGAAUGGGGAUCAAACAGACGACGAUGCGCAACUCGAACGACUUCAAAUCCCGAAAUCGACAUCAGAUGGCAAAGAGUAUAGUGGAGAAAGUAACUCCGAUAACACGAGUACUUCGAAUGAGGGAUCCCAACCUACGUCCCCGACAAAAUCGGUCAGUCCGCGGAAAGCAAAGAAAAGGGCUAUAUUUGUAUCGUAUGCGCCAGAGGCGAGUUUUAUUGAGAAGCGUUUCAUCUCAUACACCAUCAAAGAGUUGAAAAACAUCGGAUUUUGCGACGAUAUUUGGUUCGAUAAAGACGACGGAUUACCCACAGAAAGUCCAUUCUGUUUCCAGCAGAGAUUGGAGAUUGCUGAAAAGUGCCGCGCAUCUAUUAUGUUUUUAUCUGAGGCCUACUUCAACUCCAGAGUUUGUCACCACGAGGGAAGAAUUUUACUCGAUCGGGACGAAGAACGCGCUAUUGAUCAUGACAACGACGACGAAGUUGAAAAGCCUGUAAAGUUGUUCUGUAUAAAAUAUAACCGCGGCAAGCUCCCUCAAGACUACAAGCAGCUGGAGGAGCGAGUUCUCGACCUGAGUCAUCAUGUUGCUUCUAGCGUGGCUGAACUUUCCUCGUUGGUCGUGGGCUCUUUUAGCGAAACUUUGGAGCGAUAUGCCCCCCUUUUCGGGCUACGCAUUCCGUCUCCUCCAAGUGAACCAGACAUUUUAAAACUAGACAGACAAAAGCCAGUGUCUUCGUGGAAUAUAACCGAUGUGCAGGCUUGGCUGGCUUCGCUGAAAAUGCAAGCACACUGCGCGCUCAGCUUCGAGGAGAACGAAAUCGACGGCUACUUGUUGGUUUCCAUGAGUGAAACGGACAUGGAAACCUAUUUAAAUGUUGACAGUCGAGUGGCGCGGCGGAAACUUGUACAGCAAGUCAGGAAAAUUCAAGAAGAUCAAGUACAAUUCAAGGAAAACUGGUUUUUGAAGUGUAAAAAAGGCAAAGUCAAAGAAGAUUCUGUCUACGUUAUUUGUGAUCCAAAUGAUGUCCGGUUUUAUCAUAACCUGCGAGCGGAUUUAGUACAGAAGAACCUCCAGGUGUUCAAGCACGAGCGACUCGGCCAAUCUAGAGAAGAGUUCUUGCAGCUCAAUUCUGCGCAUCUGGCCGCGUGUAGUCACGUGAUCAUCCUCCUCUCCACCGCUGCGGCCACGUCACUUUUUGUCUACAAUGAAGUUCUUUUCACUGAUUGGUUAGGCAAACCUCUCGUGGUUGCCAUGGCUGCAAACUCGUGGGAUAAACUUCGACCCAACAUGCAAACCAUUCUAGGGAGCUGCCCCGCGGUGAAUUUUGAGGGUAACUCCUAUGAAGAGAGUAUGGAUAUACUGUUGUACCACUUGAAACCUUUCCGGAACAUGCCUGCCGUCAUCCUGGAGCAGGAGUUCUUGGACAGGAUGGUCGAAGGCCUGAAACCUUUAAGAGUUCUUGCAACGCUUUCUGAUAAAAGCAGUGUAGAUUUGGAGGAAAUUUCUCCGCGACCAAACCUCUUCCUGAGUUAUCACUGGGACGUACAGAACAAGGUGCAAGUGCUUGUUCAGUACUUGGAGAGUCACGGCUACCAGUGUUGGACAGACGUGAGUAACGCAAACAAGCGUCACGCAACAAGUCAUUCUCCCAAUCACGAGAACGCGCCUAAUCAGAUUCAGCGGAACAUCAAAGCGGCUACAGCUGUUGUAUGUUGCGUGACACCCAAGUACAUUUGCUCUGAGAACUGCACAAAGGAUCUUAGCCUUGCUGCCUCGAUGAACAAACCGGUCAUUCCCGUAAUGCUUCAGUGGCUGGCAUGGCCACCCGAGGGUGGUCGGGUACGUAGGAUUUUGGCGCCGUUACAGUGUAUUGACAUGAGUAAUGAGAGCCUGUUCAGAAGGAACUUGAGCACCGUCGAGAACCACUUGAAGAAAUUCGCGGGAAAACAAAGUCCACGUGAUGGGCACUUGGUAGAACACGUACGAAUUGCCAAGAAUCCCAGGCUUGUUCAACAAAAAUCUCAACAGAAAGUAUAAAUCAUCAGGUAUCUCGGCAAACAGCGUGUGAAUUUCUCGCCACUUUGGCCUUAUCUUGAAACUAAUUUGUGGCAGCAACAUUUCCGGACUCCUUUAGCACAGAAGAAAAAAAUCCUAACGAAGCUUCAAGCCUCUGGCGGCCAUUCAGGAAUCUUGUAACAAAACUAGUCAGAAAUAUACGGCAUAGUGGCGAAUCCAUACUAGAAAUGUGUGCGGCUUGUGUUAUACGUGUUAUAUAAGUUGUCGUUAUAUUUUCCCUCGUACUCAGUUGCACGGGGCGUUCUGUAUCCUCAGUCAAGGACCUUUGUGCUUCACUGAAAGGACCAAGGGAGGGUCAUCUUCCUUUCUCCCAUACCGAUUCCCCCCUGUACACCCCUCCCCCGUCAUUGGGUCGCCCCGUCAUCAGUCCCCUCUUCUCCCACGCACCCAUGGAUUCGACACGGUAGAUGUGUCUUCUCGAUCUCACAUCUUCCCAGUGUUUAGAGCUGUUUAUAUCCAAACUUUCAUGGGCAUUUCAUUAUUUCACUUGGUAUGGCAAGGAAGAAGUUAUCAUGAACAGGAAAAUUGCAACAGAGAGGCAAAUACCGAUCGAAAAUAGUUAAAGCUAAAGAAAGUAUUGAAAUUAUUGACGAUUACUGAGAACUGAGGUAAUUUUAAUAAGAAUCGGAUGGAAUGAGGAAAAAUUAUUUUACACAGCAAUAUGUUUCUUAAUUUAAUUCUGUAAUAUAGCGAAAUAUGUUUAUAAAUGAGGGAAAUUGAAACUGGAA